CGCCAUUUAAAACUCUUCCACGCAGACGUUUCUUUUUAAAAUGGCGGGAAUGAACGUGUGUGUACAGCUGGGGGCUGUGGUGUGGGUGUUCCUGCUGUGUGGUGCGGGAGAGUGUGGGAGAAACGUCCUCCUCAUCAUCGCCGACGACGCCGGGUUCGAGACGGAAGUCUACAACAACACGGUGGUCCGGACUCCUCACCUGAGAGCUCUGGCUCGGCGCGGCGUCGUCUUCCGAAACGCCUUCGCGUCCGUCAGCAGCUGCUCGCCCAGUCGCUCCGCCAUCCUGACCGGAUUACCGCAGCACCAGAACGGGAUGUACGGGCUCCAUCAGGGCGUGCACCACUUUAACUCGUUUGACGGCGUGCGGAGCCUCCCGCUGUUACUGAACCAGUCCGACGUGCGCACCGGCAUCAUCGGGAAGAAGCACGUGGGGCCGAGUUCCGUGUACCCCUUCGACUUCGCCUACACGGAGGAGAACGGCUCGGUGCUGCAGGUGGGACGCAACAUCACCCGCAUCAAGCUGCUGGUCCGGAAGUUUCUGCAGGAGCACAAAGAGGAGGACAAGAAGAAGAAGAGAAGCGGAGGAGAGACUCGGCCGUUCUUCCUGUACGUGGCGUUUCACGACCCGCACCGCUGUGGCCACUCGCAGCCUCAGUACGGCUCGUUCUGUGAGAAGUUCGGGAACGGAGAGAGCGGCAUGGGGAGAAUUCCCGACUGGAAGCCGCAGUACUACACGCCCGAGCAGGUCAAGGUGCCGUAUUUCGUCCCGGACACUCCGGCUGCUCGAGCUGAUCUCGCCGCUCAGUACACCACCGUCAGCAGACUGGACCAGGGUAUCGGUUUGGUCCUGCAGGAGUUGAGGGACGCUGGGUUUGAGAACGACACGCUGGUGAUGUACAGCUCCGAUAACGGAAUCCCGUUUCCUAACGGACGAACCAACCUGUACCACUCGGGCGUGGCCGAACCCAUGAUCAUCUCCUCACCUGAACACCGAGAGCGCUGGGGACAGAUGAGUGACGCCUACGUCAGCCUGCUGGACAUCACUCCCACUUUGCUGGACUGGUUCUCGGUGCCGUAUCCUCCCUACAGCCUGAGCAGAGGGUCUGUGGUCCACCUGACGGGUCGCUCCCUGCUCCCUGCGCUGUCCUCGGAGCCGAUUUGGGACACAGCCUACAGCAGCCAGAGUCUGCACGAGGCCACCAUGUAUUACCCGAUGCGCUCGGUGAGGCGCGGCUGCUUCGUCCUGCUGCACAACCUCGACUACCGCUCACCCUUCCCCAUCGACCAGGACCUGUACGUCUCGCCCACCUUCCAGGACCUGCUGCAGAGGACGCAGGCGGGCACGCCCACCCGCUGGUUCAAGACCCUGAAGCAGUAUUACUACAGGGAGCGCUGGGAGCUGUUCGACACGUGCUCGGACCCGGCCGAGCAGAACAACCUGGCCUCGGAUCCCCGUCACAAAGCCGUGUUGGAGCUCCUGAGGGAGCAGCUGGUGAAGUGGCAGUGGGAGACGGAGGAUCCGUGGGUCUGCGCUCCGGACGCCGUGCUCGAGGACAAGAUGGAGCCCAAGUGCAGGCCGCUGUACAACGAGCUGUGAAGGGACCGUCGCCUUAACGAGUUUCAACUCGCAGCCUUUCACGUUUUAUGCAAAUCGUAGUGAAUUGAACGUUGCAAGGACAAGAAGUGUACACCGAUUCUGUAACAUGGGGAUGCCUUCAAACGGCAUGAAAUCAUACACAGAAGCCAAAAAUAAACACGAAAGACUAUUUUCUGUUAAAAAGCCUGACUUCUCCUUCUCUAAGUGUGUGUACUGUACUGUACUGUAUGCUCAUGUCCACUAGGGGGCGGUGUCUUAGAGACUUGGGAGUGAAAUAAACUAGCAGGACUCCCAUGUUUUACUGCAGGAAAUGUGUUUGUGCUAAUAUUACACUGAAAUCCUUGUCCAAAUCAUCUUAACGUUUACGCAAACGGACACGCCUCCGCACCGCAACCAGUCAGCGCUUAAUCCAGCGCUUAACGAGAUUUAGAUUAUUUUGGAGGGUUAACAGGCUGUUCGUUGCCGUCGGGGUUCAAGUAAGAUGUACAGGAAUCCUUCCGUCGUGGGUGUUAAAUCAGAAUGUCGCUAACAACAACGCUGCAGCUAAACUGCUCUACAUGUCACUUAUUUCUCGUGCUGGAUGACCUCAAAACAGCUCAGAUUGCUAAACAGAUUGAGUUUCUCUGAAGAUAAAACUCGCUGAAAGUAGUUUAAAAAAAAAAUAGUUUUGUGAUUCUACAGUUUAAAAAAAAAUCCUGUUUGUUUUUUAAAUUAGAAACGUCUCUGAACAUAUACGCCCCACCCCCUUUCCCUGGCAGGCAAACCGUUUGGCUAGCUUGGCUUUGUUUGGAUGUGGGAAUCUGAUUGGUUCUUUACAUUUCAUGACGCAAUAACACUUUGCUCUUACUCUUUAACACUCGGUAAAGACGUUGAAGUGAGAAUUCUGACGCUUUGAGUACAAAGCUAAUAACAGAUAGAUAGCAAGAAGAAGAAAUGUUUGUUUGUUUAUUUAUUUUGUAAAUAAAGUUCAGGUGCUGA